GUCUGGUGUAGCAAGAUUCGCAAUAUUAUUUCGCCACUAGCCGUUCGCAUUAUUCAGUUUAUUUUUGACUGUCGAGCCGUUCGGACGCGAAACUCAGCAGAAUCUAGAGGCAGCGGAAAAGUUGGUGAUUUUAGAUCGCAGCAAGUGAGAUAAACAAAAAAAAAACGGUAAUAAUAACAUAGCAUCGAGAAGAAAAAAGUGAGGUGCUUCGAAUAACAUUCCGAUAUCGUUGUGACAAAAGCGUGUAAAAGUGUGCAAAGCGUCCGUGCAUCCGUGAGGUGGAGGCGUUGUGAAGUGAAAGCAGUUAUACCAGGAUUACUACACAAACCCCUCUAACAGCGAAAGAGAUUGGAUUACUCGGCGGGAUAUCAACUGCCGAGAGUGACAGAGACCGAGCGGAAGUCGUACGGGAAAUUAUCAACUUGAUCUGGCAGUGGACCCAUCAGGCGGAAAAUAUAGCCUGCAGAGCGGACUCCAGAAUAACUACUCGGCUGGUUUAGGAGUGAAGCACGGGUAGGAUCAGAUGGUUCAAACAAGCAGCAUCGCACAGCCGCUGUGCAUUUGCUAGGCGAAUGUAGUUCACGCGUCCGCUAUCACUUGUCGUGCAAUGAAUUCACACACAACAGCAACGGCGAGCGUUUUCCGGGCCUUCCGGGCGUCGCUGGUUUUCGGACUGCUCAUCCUGCUCAUUGGCUUGGUGGGACAACACGUGACGGAUGCUAUAAGAUGUGACCGGACACCGGAGGGCGCAGGAGCUAGCAAAUCACCCGCCGAUGGUCGCUUCCGGUUGCGUAUCUCCGGUAACCCAGAAAAGUACGUCCCCGGGGCAUCAUACACAAUAAGCCUCGUUGGGAUCCGCUCGAUGCAGGUACCGCACAAAUUCUCGGGAUUUUUCCUGGCAGCCGAGAAAGAAAUGUCGCUGAUUCGUCCUGACCAGUCGCUCAACGGAGAUCCGCACACGGUUGGCACGUUUCAUCUGCUCGGUGACGGACAGACCAAAUUUAGCGAACGCUGUCCGAAUGCCGUCACCCAGACGAGUUCGAUUCCGAAGAGCGAAAUUCAGGUCAACUGGGUAGCUCCCCCGGCCAGGAGUGGCUGCAUAGCGAUUCGGGCGACGGUAGUCGAACAUCGGGACGUCUGGUACAUGGACGAUGGACCGUUAAGUAAGAUUCUCUGCGAAGAUGAAGCUGAUUCGGUGGAUACGCAGCCGGCAGUACUGAAAGAGUGCUGUGCGUGCGAUGAAGCCAAGUAUGAACUGACCUUCGAGGGACUCUGGUCUAGGCAUACACAUCCGAAGGACUUUCCUUCAAAUGGGUGGCUAACGAGGUUCAGUGAUGUUAUUGGAGCUUCCCACACGGUCGACUACCGUUUUUGGGAGUACGGUCAGAUCGCGAGUGAGGGCUUGAAGCAGGUUGCGGAACACGGAUCGACAAGGACGUUGGAGAGCGAGCUGAAGAAUGAGAGUGCCAAAAUCCGCACCAUCAUCAAAGCUCGUGGUAUAUCGUAUCCAAACGUAACCGGAAAGACUUUUGCGGUGUUUCGGGUGGAUUCCAAUCAUCAUCUGGUUUCGAUAGUAUCAAUGAUUGAUCCAUCACCUGACUGGAUUGUUGGAGUGUCGGGCUUAGAAUUGUGCCUCUCAAACUGUACCUGGAUUGAGAAUAAAAUUCUGAAUCUCUAUCCGUGGGAUGCCGGAACGGACGGUGGACCAACCUAUAUUUCACCGGACCAACCGAAUAAUCCUCCGGAUGUAAUUCGCAGAAUUAAAGCGAACCAUCCGAACGAUCCCCGGUCACCGUUCUACGAUCCCACUGGAGCUGAGAUGAAACCUUUGGCAAGAAUUUACCUUUCCAGGCAAAGAUUAUACGAGAAAAACUGCGACGUAGAUAACGAAGAAGACAGUAACGAAAAACAAGCUUGUGAAACGGAACCAUGGGGCGAAUGGACGGAAUGUAGUUCGCGUUGUAACAAGGGCAAGCAGUUCCGUCGUCGGAUCUACAAGCAUCCACUGAAGGCUACGAAUGCCAAUUGCAAGAGGAAGCUUACCGAUCGGCGGCCUUGUGUAGGACAAGAACGAGACUGCGAUUUCGUUCCCAGCCAGGAGAUGGAUGAAAACUAUCCGAGCGAGGGAGAAUGCGAGGUCACUGAGUGGGGCCCUUGGAGUGAGUGCAGCACCCCUUGCGGCAAAGGCAACAAAACUCGAUCGCGCAAGUAUAAGAAAAAGGGAGCUAGAAAGAAGUGUGAGCGAUUACCGAGUCCCCCGGUGCUGCAGCAGACCAUGCCUUGUAGCAAAGAGUGCGCUGGGGAUAUCUCUCAACCGGUGAUCAGUGCCGAUAUCAACCCCAAAUGUAGGAUGACACAAUGGUCCGAGUGGGGACCCUGCAGUGUAACGUGUGGUCUUGGUCGAAUGAUGCGAACGAGAAUGCCGAUCAGCCUGUCACUGAACACGAGACUGCAUCAUAAACGGUUCGUAAAUUAUUAUUUAACGAAACGACGUCCCGUUGCUAACGACGAGGACGAGGAAGAGGAGGAAGAAGAUGACCCUGAUAACAGCAUGCAAAUAACCGACCCGAAUGAUCCAUGCUACGGGGUAGAGACCGUCGAGGAAGUUACCUGUGGUCACGAUCUUCCACCUUGUGAAAGUUUGUACGGUGUACCAGAACUGUGCUAUCUAGAACCAAAACCGGGCAACUGUCGGGAUUCGCAGCCACGCUGGUACUUUGACAAUGAAAAGAAUGACUGCUCGAUGCUUUUCUUCACCGGAUGUGGUGGCAAUAAUAACAAUUUCAUGUCUCGGGAGGACUGUCUGGAUACCUGCAGUAAAGACCGCAAGUUUACCAACAUACCUAUUCGGGAUCAGAUCAGUACCAAUUCGGACUCAGACUUUAAGCGAGAUUGCAAAACUUCUCACUGGAGACACGGUCCUUGUAAUGCAACCUGUGGCGAGGGAUUCCGUUUGAAAUCGCGGACUAUUUUGUCUCAACCCAUCAACGGUGGUCAACGUUGUCCGCGCAAGCUGCGCAAGGUGGAACGUUGCUUCGUCCACUGUGAUUCCUCGCGGCACGAUACGAAUCCGUCGUGGGGUCCCAGCACGCGCUAUUCACCCGAACCGAUCGAGUGCGAGUACUCGGCUUGGUCGGCAUGGUCGCCAUGUAGUAAAACCUGCGGUGAUUUUGCCGUCCAACAGCGCACCCGCUACGUACUGAAUCCGGAGAAUGCUCGACACUGUCCGCACAGGCUGGAGGAGCGGAAGUGUGAUAUAAUGCCUUGCUUGCUAGGCAAGUGAGGGACCGAACUGCGUGAAUGGAUCAUCACUCUUAUUUGGCUUUGGAUCGUCACUAUAACUGUUUAACGACUGUAUUAUAUUACACUUCUGGUUUUUAUUUGUUUUGCAUGCUAUUAAUGCAACAGUUUAGUUUAGUAUGUUGACUUUUAACUCAGUCAUUUUAAGCAUAAGCAAGAUGGGCUGUUCUGAAACGAAACUGUUUGUGAUGUAACGGAUCGUAACCGAAGAAUGGCUCUUUAUAAUCGAUGUUUGGUUGAAUACUCCAUUUAAUGAAAAGUUAUGAUAACACCGGAGAAAAACUUUGUAAUAACUAUCCGGCAAGAAAUUCGUUGGAGAGCAGCAUAAGUGAAACAAUGAUAGUAACAACAAUAAUAAGUGAAAAUAAUGCUGUUGCAAUAAAAUAAAUAGACGUUCGAAACGUA